GUCAUUCCGUCACUGGAUCGCUCCCAUGCAGGCUUCUACAGAUGCAUCGUCAGGAACAGGGUGGGAGCUCUGAUGCAGAGGAGUUCACAAGUCCAGGUCGCCUACAUGGAAGGCUUUGUGGAGGGAGAACGGUCUCAGGUGGUGUCCCAGGGGGAGGCGGCGUUGAUCUCCCCCCCACAAAUCCACAGCUUUCCGCGGCCCGGGAUCACAUGGUUCAGAGACGGGCGCAAGAUCCCCCCCAGCAGCCGCAUAGCCCUCACUUUGGACAACACCCUUGUCAUCCUGUCCGCCGUGGCCCCUGACGCGGGCCGGUACUACGCCCAGGCCGUCAACGACAAGAACGGAGAGAACAAGACCAGUCAGCCCAUCAUCCUGAAUGUAGAAAAACAUCCCCAGUUUGUGAAGGAGCCCGACAGACACAUUACUGCUGAGAUGGAGAAGGUGGUAGACAUCCCAUGCCAAGCUCGCGGUGUUCCUCAGCCAGAUAUAGUGUGGUAUAAGGAUGCUGUACCCAUAAGCCCCGCGAAGACACCUCGUUACAGAGUCCUGGUGGGCGGCAGUCUGCAGAUAAAUGGGCUCCUCCCGGACGACACCGGAAUGUUCCAGUGCUUCGCUCGCAACUUAGCGGGAGAGAUCCAGACGAACACGUACCUUGCUGUCACCAGUAUCGCCCCAAACAUCACGGCCGGCCCUUCUGACAGCGCUGUGAUUGAUGGCAUGUCCAUCAUUUUACACUGUGAGACCUCAGGGGCCCCACGGCCCGCAAUCACAUGGCAGAAAGCUGAUCGGGUUUUGGCAAGCGGCUCCGUGCAGUUGCCACGUUUCACUUUGCUGGAGUCUGGCAGUCUUCUGAUCAGCCCCGCUCACCUGUCUGACGUUGGAUCCUACACCUGCAUGGCCAGUAACUCCCGCGGCAUUGAUGAAGCCUCGGCCGAUCUGGUGGUGUGGGCUCGAACGCGGAUCACUAAUCCACCUCAGGACCAGAGCGUGAUCAAGGGCACAAAAGCAGCCAUGACCUGCGGGGUGACCCAUGACCCCAGCGUUACAGUCAGACACAUCUGGGAGAAAGGAGGAGCGGCUAUUGACGUGAAAUCGAGCCCUCGCUUGCGACUCGACUCCAACGGCACCCUGCAUUUAUCUCAGACCUGGUCAGGAGACAUUGGGACCUACACCUGUAAAGUCACAUCUGUGGGAGGCAAUGAUUCUCGCAACGCUCACCUGAGAGUCAGGCAGUUGCCUCAUGCUCCAGAGAACCUCAUCGCCACCCUCAGCAGCUCAGAGAGACGAACCAUCAACCUGACCUGGGCCCAGGCCUUUGACGGGAACAGCCCGCUCAUCCGUUACAUCCUGGAGGUGUCGGAGAACAACGCACCUUGGACUGUGCUCUUGGCCAACAUUGAUCCAGAAGCCUCCAGCGUGAUUGUGGGGGGCCUCAUCCCGGCACGUUCUUACCAGUUCCGCCUGUGUGCCGUCAACGACGUGGGGAAGGGCCAGUUCAGCAGGGAGACGGUGCGGUUUUAUGCAAGACUGAUCUGGCAACCCCCUGCCCAGCCAAAUGGCAUUAUCCUUGCAUAUCAGAUUGCUUUCCGAAAGAACUCUUCUAGUAUUACCUCUGCCAACGUUGAUGUUCUCAACCCAAGUGCACGACAGUAUACAGCAACUGGACUGAAACCAGAGAGUGUUUAUGUAUUCCGCCUCACGGCCCAGACUCGAAAGGGCUGGGGAGAAGCGGCAGAGGCACUGGUGGUCACUACAGAGAAAAGAGCACGCCCUCAGCCCACAAGUCAUCCCGUUGUGCCUCAGGAAGAGGUCCAGGCCCGCAGUGUGCUGUUGUCAUGGGAACCAGGCAGCGAUGGUCUGUCUCCCAUCCGAUACUACACCGUCCAGUACAGAGAGCUGCCCGACAGCAAUUGGACCGUCCACUCCGCAUCGGUCAACCAUGAGGCCUCUUCAUACGUCAUAGACAAGCUCAAGCCUUUCACUUCCUACCAGUUCAGAGUGAAAGCCACUAAUGAUAUUGGGGACAGCGAGUACAGCGAGGAGAGCGAGGCAAUCACCACUCUACAGGACGCACCCGACAAAGCUCCCACAAUCCUCUCUGUGACACCACACACCACCACAUCUGUGCUGGUCCGCUGGAAGCCGCCCCCUGAGGAGGAGAUCAAUGGUAUUUUGCUUGGUUUUCGAGUACGCUACAGAGAACUGCGUUAUGACCGCCUACGCAGCUUCACGGUGCGCACAGUUAAUAGCCCGUCUGCCAACUGGGCCGAGCUCACAGCCCCCUACAGCAUGAGGAACCUGACCGAAUCCUCACUUACCCAAUACGAGCUGGACAAUCUGAAUAAACACAAGCGCUAUGAGAUCCGACUGAGCGUGUAUAACGCAGUAGGGGAAGGGCCCACCAGCUCGCCACAGGAAGUGUUCGUGGGAGAGGCGGUGCCCACUGCUCCACCUCAAAAUGCCGCUAUCCAGUCCUCAACAGCUACUCAGCUUGAUGUCACAUGGGACCCGCCUCCAGUGGAGGCCCAGAAUGGGGAUAUUCAAGGCUAUAAGGCCACUCCAAGCGCUCCUAGUUUUAUCCACUUUAGUGAACUCACCACCACCUCGGUCAACAUGUCCUGGGGUGAGCCCAAGCAGCGCAACGGCAUCGUAGAAGGGUAUCGUGUGGUCUAUGAGCCCUGCACGCCUGUGGAUGACUCCUCUCCUCACAAUUCAGGUGUCAGUAAGGUUGUCACUGUGGAUGUGAAGGGCAGCACCCCCUUGUGGAUGAAAAUCAAGGAUCUGGCCGAUGGCGUGACCUACAACUUCCGCAUCCGUGCUAAAACCCUUACCUAUGGCCCAGAGAUCGAAGCCAACAUCACCACUGGCCCUGGAGAAGGUGCUCCAGGGCCUCCGGGGGAGCCGUUUAUCUCUCGUUAUGGCUCGGCCCUGACUCUCCACUGGUCCAGCGGUGACCCUGGCCGUGCUCCCAUCACACGCUAUGUUAUCGAAGCAAGACCAUCUGAUGAAGGACUGUGGGAUAUUCUAAUCAAAGACAUCCCUAAAGAGGUGACAUCGUACACUCUUAACCUGGAUACCCUCAGAGAAGGGGUCACCUAUGAUUUCCGUGUAAUUGCGGUGAAUGACUAUGGCUACGGUUCUCCAAGUGCUCCUUCUCCUUCAAUAUCAGCCCAAAAGGUCUCCCCCUUUUAUGAGGAAUGGUGGUUUCUGGUGGUUAUUGCUCUCGUGGGCCUCAUUUUCAUCCUUCUGCUCAUCUUCAUCCUCAUCAUACGGGGGCAGAGCAGAAAAUACACCGAGAAAACAGACUCAGGUGCCCACUCGAAUUGCACAUCUCUGCCCCUCUCCCAUGGAGAGAUGGUACGGCUGGAUGAAGGACGCUUCCCUGCCCUGGAGCUCAACAACCGUCGACUCUCAGUCAAAAAUUCCUUCUAUCGUAAGAACGGAAUCUACACUCGAUCUCCACCACGACCCAGUCCAGGCAGCCUGCACUAUUCUGAUGAAGAUGUCAGCAUCAAAUACAAUGACUUGGUCCCAGCCGAGAGCAGCAGCCUGACCGAGAAGCCUUCAGAAGUGUCUGACUCACAGGUGAUUCACCCCAACAAGGUCAAUGAUUUUCUUAAAAUAGUUUUUCUGAUGUUAUCUGAAAUCAAAAUUGGCCCUGUAUCUCCACCACGACCCAGUCCAGGCAGCCUGCACUAUUCUGAUGAAGAUGUCAGCAUCAAAUACAAUGACUUGGUCCCAGCCGAGAGCAGCAGCCUGACCGAGAAGCCUUCAGAAGUGUCUGACUCACAGGUGAUUCACCCCAACAAGUGCAGUGAUAGUGAAUACGAAUUGGAUCCAAGCCGGCAGAAGACCCACUCCUUUGUCAACCACUACAUCAGUGACCCCACCUACUAUAAUUCCUGGCGCCGGCAGCAGAAGGGCGUCUCUCGGCCUCCGGCGUAUGGCUAUGCCCAGCCCGACACGGUGGCGGAACAAGAGUCCCGACCCCACCCACCCCCGCUGCCACCGUUACCACCUCUGCUACCCCACAGCAAUCCAUCCCCGCAGCCCCAGGGCCAGGGCACCCUGUUCAGGCCCAAGGGCAGCCGGACUCCCACCCCGUCACUGCUGACCUCUGACAACCACAGCCAGCACACCCUGUACAGGCCCCCUAGCAGCCUGGGCACCUCCGCCCAGGUCCCGGCCACGGGAUUCUCCUCAUUUGUUUGAUACAAGACUCUCAUUCCAGUGACAACACGCCUGGGAGGGACUCCUGCAGUAUUAUUGGUCUGUAAUUACUUAUUUAUAUUUUUUUCCCGCUGCACCUUGUUGGACAUCAAGAGCUGCUUUUGGAUUUCAUUUUGCCAGGUGUGCAGGUGUACUGUGGGUUUUUAUGUGCGUGCAAGAGCAUCGAAACGCAGACAAUCAU